GCCUGCUUAAUGUCUUCCCGGGCGACGGCGGUUGCAGCCGAUCUCUUCCCCCUCGCUCUGGUGUUCCUUCUCCUAUCGCGAACGGAAGCGCCGCCGCGGAGGUUUACCCCGUCUCGUCCUUAGAUGGACUCUCAGAACUCUGAAGCGGCUCAAAUUAUUGAAGUAGACAUGGAAGUACCUCCUGGUGUUUCUGGCUUAGGUGGGAACAAGAUCUGCGGGGGUGCAUCUUGCGAUUUCUCCGACAUUAGGACCAGUUCAAAAGAUGCCAAAGAGAGAUCUGCAUCUAUGAGGAAACUUUUAAUGGCCGUAAUCCUUUGCAUCAUAUUCAUGAGUGUGGAAGUGGCUGGAGGUAUUGCAGCAAAUAGUCUUGCAAUCUUAACAGAUGCUGCUCAUCUCCUUUCAGAUGUUGCUGCUUUUGCUAUCUCCUUAUUCUCACUUUGGGCAUCUGGAUGGGAGGCAACACCACAGCAGUCAUAUGGGUUUUUCCGGGUGGAGAUUCUUGGAGCAUUGGUCUCUAUUCAAUUGAUAUGGCUCCUGGCUGGAAUACUGGUCUAUGAAGCUAUUGUUAGAAUUAUACAUGACAACGGUGAGGUCCAAGGCAAACUGAUGUUUGCUGUUGCAGCAUUUGGCUUGUUGGUCAACAUUAUAAUGGCUGUCAUGCUGGGUCAUGAGCAUGGACAUGGUGCACACAGCCAUGCGCAUGGUGGACAUAGUCAUAGCCACAAGAAGGCUGACCGUGACCACUCUCAGCAUGAUGAUGAUCAUGGCCAUGGUCAUGGCAUUACUGUCACAACCCAUCAUCAUCAUCAUGCAAGCGAGGAGAAGAUCAAGGAUGAGCAUGUUCCACUUUUAAGGCAUUCUGACCAUUCUCUGGUUGAAAACUCUGGAGUUAGGAAGCAGCCGCGCAACAUUAAUGUCCACAGUGCUUAUCUGCAUGUUCUUGGAGACUCCAUUCAGAGCAUAGGAGUCAUGGUUGGAGGGGCCAUCAUAUGGUACAAACCUGAGUGGAAGAUUAUCGAUCUGAUAUGCACACUAAUCUUUUCUGUCGUGGUGCUGUUGACUACAAUCAAAAUGCUGAGAGACAUUCUGGAGGUCCUCAUGGAGAGCACACCACGAGAGAUCAAUGCCACCAAGCUCGAGAAAGGGCUCUGUGAGAUGGAUGGUGUUGUUGCCGUUCACGAGCUUCAUAUAUGGGCAAUCACUGUUGGGAAGGUCCUCCUCGCAUGCCAUGUCACGAUUACUCGUGACUCAGAUGCUGAUCUCGUGCUUGAUCAGGUGAUAGGAUACAUCAAGAGGGAGUAUAACAUCAGUCAUGUGACCAUCCAGAUCGAGAGAGUGUAGGGUUUUUUUUUAUCUGAUGUGUCACUGGUUGCAGCUCUAUAAGAUUUAUGUUGAUUUAAUAAGCUCAAGAUAUCAUCUUAUUGCUAAUGAAGCUUAUGUAGUAACUAUAGGAAGAAGUUAAUGUCUACAAUUGAUUGCUUUCUUAGGGAGGGAGCUGAUCGAGUUGUGUACCAUGUUGGUGAUACAAAGACGUGCAAUUAUGGUAACAUUUUGAGCUUCAUCUGCAAUAGACUUGAUUUUUCUUGUUC